CACUGCCGCCGCCUUCGCGGCAGUGAUUGCCGGGCAUGUCUCCGCCAGGAGGAGGGGCCCGGGUAUCAGCGGCACUGCCGCGCCCGCAGGGGCAGCAGAAGUGGUGGCGAAGCAACACGAUGGAGCAGGGGUGGUGAUGGCGGAACCAGCGGAGCUGCAGCGCGAGUCGGUGGUGCAGUUCCUAGCGGCACGGGGCGGGCGGGCCCGCAACACGGAGCUGCUGGAGCAUUUCCGGGACUGGCACAGCCCCUCAGACCCUGACCGCCGCACAGCCGCCCGCCAGCACUUCAAGGAGCUGGUCAAUGCUGUGGCCACCGUGCGCCAGGAGCCGGACACCGGCGUCAAGUACGUGCACCUUCGUCGCCGGUACUGCGCUCUGGAGUUCCCCGCCGCCGCCCUGACCUCCGGAGAGGAGAAGGCGGCGGCAACGGUGGUGGGGGACAGCGCGCAGCGGCCGAGCCCGUUGCCUUCCCCGCAGGCGGGCGAUGAGGAGGCGCCGCCACCGGCGAUUGGGGAUGCCGGCAGCUGCCCUCAGCCCGCGCGGCGGCGGGGCGAGCCACCCCGUCCGAACCCAGCAGCGGCCGCAGGCCAGCGGAAGGGCUCCCGGCGGGGGCCGCUUCCCGGGCGCAGUGGAGGCGGCGGUGAAGAGGCUGCGGUAGCGGCGGGCCCCGGGAGGCCUCCUCCUCCACCACCACCAGCGGAGGAGGCAGCGGCGGCCGACGGCGCCCCCGGAGCGGCAGCGCAGGGGGGCGGCCGCAGGAGCCUACGGGAGGCGACGCGGGGCGGCUCGCCCCAGCUGAAGCGCGGUGCCCUCCCCGGGGGUGGCCGCGGCCGCGGCGGUGAUUCAGACAGCGCCUCGGUCUCCUUGUCUUCCGCGGACGAGGAGGGGAGCACCACCGGUGCCGUGGCCCUGGAUCCUCUGGAGCACGCAUGGAUGCUGUCCGCCUCGGACGGGCGGUGGGAGAGCCUGGAGGGGCUGCUGAGCUGCGAACCGGCGCUGUUCUGCAAGCGGGACUUCAUCACUGGUUUCACGGUACUGCACUGGGCCGCCAAACACGGGCGGCAGGAGCUAUUGGCCAGGCUGGUCAACUUUGCCCAGCGGCACCAACUGCCCGUGGACAUCAACGCGCGCACUAGCGGCGGGCACACCGCCCUGCACAUAGCCGCCAUGCACGGGCACGCCGAAGUGGUAAAGCUGCUUGUGGGAGCCUACGACGCCGACGUGGACAUCCGUGACUACAGCGGGCGCAAGGCUGCGCAGUACCUGCACCAGGGUACCUCAGGGGAUAUGCGGAGCCUCGUGGGGGCCCUGGAUGAGGAGGAGGAGGAGGAGGAAGGGGCUGCCAGCAAUGGGGGUGGGCGCUGGAGGCUCUCCAAGGUGUUGCCCUCUAAUCUCAUGAGCUACCGGCUGUCCCACCACCACCAUCAUCACAGCACUGGAGAGGAAGCCGAGGGCACUGAAGGGACAGCGGUGCCAGGCAAGGGCAAGGAGAUGACCAGGAAGGCCUCUGGCAGUGGGCGGAUGAAGCCUCGUCUUAAUAAGAUUCGCUUCAGGACUCAGAUCAUCCACAACACACCCUCCUUUCGUGGUGACACUGAGGAGGAAGAACAUGAGGAGAAAUCUUUGAAAGCAUCAUUCAAGCUCAGGCCAAAGUCCAAUGUCUUUGGAUGAGGCCAGGGAGCUGGAGGUCUGGGAGGUGGGCAAACAGACCAAAGUGCCCUAGGGUGUAGUGCAGAAGGUGAGGCAGGUACAAGUGGGUGCACAUCUACACUCAUGUACUGUGGGCAGAGAGGUCCUGAAUGUCUUGCUUCAACUCUCAGUUUGAUGGGGUCAAAGAGCCCAGUGGGUCAGUCGGGCUCUGGUGGCUUACAACUGCCAAGAGCAGCUGGUUUGGCCAGGCCCUCAGUGCUGAAAUGAGAAGCAGCAGGUACAUUGAGAAAUGCUGGGGUGUUUAAAACUGGUGCUUCUUUCUCCCUGAAAGAAGGCUUUGGGAUUGGAAACCUAUGUUAGUGAAUCCAUUAGGCUUAGCAAGUUGAGUGGGGGAAAGAAAUGCAAAUUCUCUAAUCUUGUAUUAUCAGCUGGUACUAUAAACUACUCACAAACAACUUGCAAGUAAGAACACCUCAGUAAUAUGCAAAUACACUUUACGUUUCUCUUUAAGAGCAAUACCACCUGGCACAGCGUGGAGUUUAGGUACCCAAAAUGAGAUGGUAGAUAACAGUUUUCAUUCAGAAGCCAAGCUUCAAUCCAGCAAAGACUUUAGCCUCUGUUGACUUUAUUCAUUGUCUUAUUUGACAUCAUGCAAACAAUAAAGUGAACCAGGUGCAGAAGUCUCUGCUGUCUGAGGUACUACUGAGCUUACUUAUUGCUGUCAGAAUACUAACACAACAUAAAGGAAACAAAGAGUCGUCUUCUGUAUUUGAUAUGUUUUGCCUUGGGCAAAGCGAUUUUAUUUUAAUCACUGUGAAUUCUCCAGUGCCAGACCUAGCGCAGUUUUAGUUUAUUAAGUCUGGUCAAUUCUUACUAAGUGUUGUUUAUGUAAUACACUGCAUUUAAAAACAGAAAAUUGUGUUGUAUGUGCUACCCGUGAAAGUCAUUCUCUUUUAGAGAAGAGCACAGACACCGUUGCAUGCAAUCUUUAUGAAACUCUAAUAUGGUCCUGUAAUGUUACUCUGUUUGCUAGUAACUUGGGUGCCGAUCCCUUUAUCUGACUUUGUGCAGAAAUGAAGAAGGAAAAAAAAAGGGGGGAGGGGUUGUGAAUUCACAGACCAGUUGAAUAACUAGAACUCUGAAACUCUGCCCCUGUUUAUCAUCCCAAGUGAAAGCAGUAUAAUGACAUACUCAAGUGAUGGCAAUGGUGUUUUGAGUUCUUUUAAACCUGUGUUUCUAGAGAAGUGAUAACCCAGGCUUUGAAUUGUUUAAUGAUCUCAUAAGUCUUAAUCUGAUUGACAAGCCUAUCCGUCUGCUAAAGCUUUCAGAAACCUUGAAUCUUGUUUCUCUACUUAAAGGUAGCAACUCCAGUGAAAUGUAGGAGGUAGAUUUGAAUCUUGAUUCGGCCUUCCUUAAGAAUGAGGUAGAGCUGACCCUGCUCAAGGUAGUAGCUCAGCCCUGCUUAGAUAUUAAGGUACGGCCAGUUUCAGUGCAAGAUUUGUUGGCUUCCUCAGAAUGCAUGUGUAUGUCUGGCCAGCCACUAACCGAAAGCAGAUAGGCUUUGACAUGUUAAAAUCCAAAUCUGAAACACUGAUAUUUAAAUGAGUGCCACAAGCUGUAGAACACCUCACAGGGAAACUGCUGCUGGGAGUUGUGCACUUUGAAGGUAAUAGCUGACUAGCUGUUGCUGGUGGCUUCUUGCAUUUCUUGUAGCAACAGGGGAAGGGGGUGUUACCAAUUCACUGAUUUCAGACUUCCCAUGCAGUUAAAUUACCAAUUUCAGCACUUUGUGUCAAAACAUAAUAAAGGACAGUAUUUGCAUAGGCAUGCAAGUGACACUUAACUGUUUCUGGGAGAAGUUACAAGAAGAAAAAGCCCUGAAUCUCUGCAUAGGUGUUGGUCAUUACUGUUAUGCAAAGACUAGAAAUUAUACAGAGGUUCAGCUUUAGUUUGUAAUUUAUAAACUAUAUUAUUACAGAUUCCAUGUGCCUUCGUUUUGGGUUGGUUGCCACAAAUGUGAUGGAUAAAAUCAGUCUUGCAAAGCACUUUGCCUUUACAUCUGUGGGACAGGACCAGAAAUUUUCUCUCAGCCCUUCCCCUUGAAGCUGUAAACUUGUACAGAAUGGGAUGUCUUAAAGAGGGGCAAGGAGGGAAAAUUAUACUGUAUAGCAAAUUCUUUUGUAACAGAGAAGAUAAUCAGAUUCCUAGGUCUUUAAACUUCAUUCACUCUCUAAGAUAAAUACCUAUUUAGACUUCUGCAGAAGGAAGUUUUCUGAUUGAACACUUGCAAUAUGAAUCCUUAUCAGCAUGGCCACUUCUGAGUUGAGCACAUAUUCCAUGCAGCUACCUGUGUCCAAACCUUAUUAAAGUAGCUUUUUGCUUUGAGAGCUUAUAGUUCUUUCGUAUGUGCUGUGGGGUGAAGUGUUAUCUCUUCACAUGCAAAUGGCAAAGAAUUGCAUAAAAGAGUGAGUCUUAAAUAGGGGGUUGGAGCCUGGGGAAAUGAUUUGAGGGUUUUGAUUCCCUGGGAUUUUGAAUACAGCACAUUUUGAACUUUAAAAUACUAACUGGAACAUAGUUUUAUCUGGAAUAAUAUAAUAGAACCUUGGUAAUUACUAAGGAAACUUGAAAAAUGAUGCCUCAUUUUAACUCACUGUUUGGAGUAUCAAAGUGAAACUGUUGGUCCAGUUGUACUGCUUAGCUGUCAAUUAAUGAAAUUUUACAGUAAUGGUCCAAAAGUCUUGCAAGGUGGAGUGCAACAGAACAGACAUCUCUGUUGGUGUUUGAGGUGUUUUGACAAAUGGCUAGAUAACCACUAGUGUCUGUCUGCGCUAUGGGACUAAAGCACUUUGAUUUCACAUUAUGACUUGUCACAUUCCAUGUGGUUACUUUUUUAUAACAUGAGCUAAAAAACUUAAGUUUUGGUUGGAGAUAGGAAAGGCUUGAUGCCCUGUUUCAGAAUCUUUACAGUCCAGAGGUACUCUUGAGUCAAAUAUUUUGGAUACAUUGCCUAGAAAGAUGUGAGUUUGAAAUAAAAGUUGUAUGGUACAGAGAACUGAAGCACUUGCUGGUGUCUUUUUCAUGGUACGCUUGAAAUUACUGAGUGUGUUUGUUCACUUUUUAUGCCGGUGUGUAAGGCAGGGAGACUGUAACGUUUGAAAUACUUCAGGGGCCUGGAAGCGUGUCAGUUUUUAUUAAUACCACUUUUUAUGGAUGUCUUUCUGAAUGGUUAUGAGUUAAGAAUCUGUAAGCUUUAGUUUUACUGAAAUAAAAAAAGCCCAUGAAU